UCUCUGACAUUGUGAUCCGCAAGGAAGCGCAUCAUGUCCCGGAUCAAGGCCUUCUUCUCAAAGUGCGCCGGCUUCUCGGGCGGCCUCAUCAGUGGCAGCAGCGAAUUUCCGCAGUUUUUAAUCCUGGGUCUGGACCGUUCUGGCAAGACAACCUUGCUCUACAGGCUGAAGAUCGGAUCAGGAUGGACAAACAUCCAUGAGGAGAUGGAAAAGAUGAGGACGCCCAAUGAGGACGGUAAGGUAGAAGACCCAGGAUAUCACUACGAGGAGCUAAACCGAUUCUUCUCCUGCGGCGUGUGGGAAGUUCCCGGGACCGAAGCCAUGAGGCACCUGUGGAAGCUCUUCUACCAGUCCAUCAAGAUACAUUGUGUCGUCUUUGUAGUCGACGGGGGCGAAGCUGAAGAGAGGAUAAACUUGGCGAAGAGGCACUUGCAUGUCUUGAUGAACGAGGCAGAGCUGCGAAACGCUUGCUUUUGCGUUGUCAUCAAUCAGCGCUUGGAUGAGAAGAAGAACCCUGUAUACGAUGAGAAGGAAGAUGUGCUGAAGUACAAGCUGGGACUGCAUGAGCUACAUCACUCGGUCGACUGGCGCACGAAACAUUUCAUCAUGAACAUUCUAGACCUCAAAGGAGAGUCCGACAAGGAGUGGGCGCAGCUCAUGGCCUUCGCAAAGGAAGUGCUUUGCAACUCCCGGGGCUUCGGCUUGAAGCUCUGAGCCUCGGAGCCUCCGGAGCUCCUGGAAAGUCUCACCCAGAAAAGUGCGGAAGC